AUGUCGUCGUUGUCCUCUUGUUGCAUGUUGUCCUCUAGAACUGCGACGACGACUUUUCGGCGAGCGUUGUCUCAUUUCGCCGCGUCGUCGUCGUCGUCGUCGUCUGCAUCGAAUUCGAUGACGAGGUUGCACCACAAUUUCCCGAGCCGCCACCUCGUCGUGCACAAAGGAUUCUUCCGAGAAACCGCCUCUCAAACGUCGUCGUCUCCAGGAAACGAGGACACAGACGAGGACGGUUUCAUCGGCAACGGGGACGUGUUCGCGGAAAACGCAAAGGGUGAUCCGAUUUACUUCGGAAGGAAGAACAAGAGCCAGCUGAAAAGAGACGCGAAUAGGCACAAGAAUUUGGCCAAUCAAUUACUCGCCAUCAGUCCGAAGACGUUGAAGAAACUGCCCGGAUUACUGAGCGUAAACAACGAACGAUUGUUGGAAGGACUGUUGGAGUGUCAGAAAACAACCUCACACAUCGCGAAAAAGCGCGCGGAGCAGCUGGUGGCGAAACAAUUGAGAGGGUUAGAGGAAGAGGAGUUGAAACCGUUGGAGGAGGUGGUGGAGCGGGUGAAGUUGGGCGCGGAGGGCGGGUUAGCGCUCGCGGUGGAUCCGAGGGCGGACGAUUUAGCCAGAAAUUGGCGGCAAAGACUGACGAUGGUGGCGAAAUCGGUGGAAGAGGAAAAUAUGGUUGGAGUUUCGAGAAAAGAAGCGUUGGAGGAAGUGUUUCAGGUGAUGCAACGAGUAGAGAGCGAGAUGAAGACGGUGUCGUUUACGAGACAGGAGUUGGUAGACGUGGCGAGGAAAGCAGAGACGGAGGCGAAAGAGACGGCGAAAAAUUCGGAGGAGUUUGCGGAUCGACAGAGACGAGAGGCGAUGGGGGAGAUUGUUUUCAUGGACGACGUGGACGAGGAGUUGGAGGAAGUUUUCUUGUUGAAGAAAAGUAAAGGAAAUACCGCCGCGAAAAGCGGCUCGAAGAAGAAGAAGAUGAAGGCCAAGAAAACGUCGAUGAAAGGUUUGCUUAAAAUGUUACGAGACGUCGCCGAGCACGCGGUGUAG